AUGUAUUUAUCCCAAUCAGCAGUCUCCGCUGAACUACUCGGUUGUGAUCCAUCCAUCUUAAAUUCGGAUGAAACAGCAACAACAUCAACAAAUUAUAAUGAAACAGCAUCUUCUAGUUAUUCAUCAUCAUCGUCACAGUUAAAUAAUACAACCGCAUCAUCAUCAGCUUGUUCAGCUAUUAAAUGGAAGACUGGUGAUCGAUGUUCAGCACCAUGGAAUGAAGAUGGAAAAUAUUAUGAAUGUACGAUUGAUGAUGUACUUGAUGGCGGAACAUGUACGGUUGUUUUUGAUGGAUUUGAAUCAGCAUCAUUAACGGUCGUUCGAGCAUCAAAAUUAAAACCAUUCGAUCGAACACGUUCUGAUUUAAGCGGAAUAAGAUCAGCUGCUAAUCGAGCUAAAACAAAGGAAAUUAUCGCAAUAAAAUAUUUUCUUGUUUGA